UUGGUCAGUGGCCAAGAUCAAAAUGUCCAAUUCAAUCAGGUAGCCAACUUGAAUGGCAAUAUGCAACUCAACAGACUUAUCUUCCCUGACAACUCCAAGAUCGAGACCUUCUCCCAAUCACAGCGUCAGGUCCUCGUGAACCAAAACCCAGCUCCUCUUACGGCUAAUCAUGUCGUGGGAUCUACGGGCCAACCCUUCGUUCAGCUGUCACCAAAUUCCAUGACAAUUUCUACAAAUGGAGCAACUGAUCUUGUCGCGGCUCAAAUUGAGCUACCCAUCAAUCAAGCAACGCUUGACCAGAAUGGAAUCACGGCUGAUAACACAUUCGUUGCAAAGCUCUCUUCGGAUGGACAGGCAUGGAUAGUGAUGGAGGGAAUCAAAAGCGUCAACACCACCGACUCAACCGUCCGUCUGGUAAAGAUGAACAGCAUCGAUGGCGAAUACAUGGCCAUUGGCCGAAAGUCGGUAGAGACCGGCAACGUGCUGACGCCAUUUGGGACACAACAGUCCGUCAAUAUCACUGGAAGCGGGAUUCAAGAGGUCGAAUUUGCAGAUGGUUUUCGCAUGUCUAUAAAGGCAAAUAUGCCAAUGAGCAUAAAUACCGAUGUCGUGAACGGAGUCAGCACGUCAAUGCUCACUCAAAAUGUGAUGCCCGUGAAUAACUAUAGGUAUCUCGUCACUACCAAUCUGGCUGGUGUCAUUCCCAACCUCAACCGAAUGAUGACUGUCGUUGAGCUCCCACUGAACGCCAAUAAGGUCAUGCAAACCGCUUUGAGCAUGGGAGUUGGAAUGAAUUCAUCGGUAUCCCUUGGUAUUGCGCAACGAGGAGUUCUCCAAAAUCCCGGAGGUGCUACUCAGGGAGGCCUUUCACCACAACCUCAAAAACGACAGAAGAGGGCAACGGUGUCCUCAAAAAGCACGAGAGCAGCCGCUAGCACCAAGAUUUCUACCUCUACUGCAAUCGCUGCCUCUGUCACCGAAGCUGCUGCUAAUGCAACGGGGGCUGAAGCCACUGCCAAUACACCGCCCCAAAAUCCCGCCGCUACUCAACUUCUCUUAUCACCAACCUUUGCCCCUAUCACCGCAACCACAGUGCUGGACACGACCAAUAACCGCGUUGCCGUUCCAGUCUCCCAGCUUGAUGGAGAAUACAUCCUCACCAUUGGUAAAUCCACUGCUGGAAUAACACAAAGCGAGUCAAGCCAGAAUCAA